GUUCCUCUCGGUGGGCGUGGCCUGGCCCUCCUCUGACUCGGCCAUGGCGGUGGCGGCGCGGUGCCCACCUGUGCGCGGGGCGCGCAUCUUUGCCCUUGGGCUGCUGCUGCUGCUGCUGCCGGGGCUUCGGGGCCAGCCGAGAGGCUCGCCCGGAGGGGUGGUGCGUGUUCCCGUCUCCGAUCCAGACGUGCAAGUGGCGGCUGCCUUCGCCGUGGAGACUUACAACAAGGCCAGCACCAACUCCUUUUACAGCCGGGCGCUGCGGGUGCCGCUGGCCUCUCACCAGAUUGUUGCAGGCAGUUUGUAUUAUCUAACAAUUGAGCUGGUGAACACAAAAUGUGAAAAGAAUGAGAAGAUACGAUUGACACCAACAGACCUGGAGCGAUGCCCUUUGCCUCCAAAGGCAGAGCAGCAGAAAGAAAUCUGCACAUUUCAGGUGUGGACUCGUUCUUGGCUAAAUGACAUCCGCUUGACACACAUGAGCUGCGAAUAGGCUCGUUCUGGAUUUGCACGCCUUUCUGUUAGCAAGAAGGGUCUUUGCCAGUGAAUUGAGGCUCACAUAAUUCCUGCUAAUUAGGCCAAGCUGCCUGCCCUCCAUUACGGCCUCCAGAAUUCACCUGGCAGAGGUGAGAAGACAGAGCCUGGAGUCUUGUCUGCUAGUGGGUCCAAUGGAAGCCCAACUAGAUGUUCCUCUCGUAGUCUUUAAGGUGCCACCCACUCCCAGCUGAACCACAAUCUUUUCCAACAGAAGCUUUCCUGGAGCAGAGCUUCAGAUGCAAAACCAAAUUGUGGCAUUAUCUUCUUCUCAUCUGUCAAGAGAUGAAUUCUGCAACUGUAUUUGUGUAUUUGCUAGAACCUUGAAUGUGGAAUAAAAUGUGCAAGGAUGCUGUUUUAUUGCUCACAGCAAA